CUAUAAAUAGCAUGCAGUAAGAAGAGACUGUCCUCACAAGAGAGAUGCUAAAAAACAUUGAUGCCUAACUGGAAGGAGUGUAGUGGCGAGAAGAAUUGGGAGAGUCUCUUGAAACCUCUCAACAAAGAUCUCAGCGAAACUAUAAUCCAUUAUGGUAAAAGAGUUCAAGCUAUUUAUGACACCAUUGAUAAUGAUAAAUUUUCUCCAACGUAUGGGCAUCCCAAAUAUAAAGAAGAAGAGUUCUUCUCUAAGGUUGGCCUGGGAUUGUACACUGUGAAGACCUAUUUAUGGACAAAUGCAAAGGAUGUCGAUUUCACUAAAAAGGUCGGAGAUGUUUGGAUUGGUUAUGUGGCUGUGGCCACAGAUGAAGGAAAAGAAAAGUUAGGAAGAAGAGACAUUAUGGUUUGCUGGAGAGGAACUUUGACGCUGGCAGAGUGGAUAAAUAAUUUGCAGGUUGAGCAUGUUAAGAAAUAUGGGUUAUUUUGUUUUCAAACCUCAGCUUCGCCAAUUUUAGGGUCGUGCUCGGGGAAUGCUCGUGUGCACAAGGGGUUUCUUUCCAUCUACACCCAUAAGUUAGCCAGAGAGAAGGUUCUGAAAGUUGUCAGGGAACUGAUGGAUCAAUACAAAAACGAAGAAAUUAGUAUUACAGUAUCAGGCCACAGUUUGGGCUCAGCACUUGCCACAUUAAACGCAGCUGAUAUAGUUGCCAAUGAAUACAAUAAGCCCCCAGGGUCAAACACCACAGCAAUGGUCACAACCUUUGCAUUUGCAAAUCCCAAAGUUGGGAACUCAGGCUUCACGACUGUCUUCAACAAACUCAAGAAUCUUCAUCUCUUGCAUGUUAAACAUAUUCGCGACCCUGUUCCUGAACUUCCACAUGGUAAUAAUUACUCAAAAUUGGGAAUUGUGUUAACUCUCAACACUACUGAUCCAAAUUCACCAUUGGAGUGUCACAGUUUGAAGUAUACACUUAAGGCAAUCGAAGCAACACAAGUAAAGUUAAACUAGAAAUGGCGAUGGGAAGCUGGUAUGAUAAAAAUAUAAUACUAAAUAAGGUUUAUGUCACCAGCAUGCACAAAUGAUAAUGACACUGAGUUCAACUCUGUGAUAAAAUAAAUUUCUACUUGUGUAAUGACAGAGUCCAUCUCUGUGAAGAGAAUAAGUUACUUCCUAUGUGUAUAUGUACUUCAAUUGUGUAGUCAACUUGGGUUUACAGUGUUGUAUAUUUUCAGUUAUACUACAAAAAAAUCUCUGCUAUUAAAAUUGUGAAUAUAUUUUAUUUAAAUAA